GGAGAAAGAAUAUCAACUUCCUGGGUCGACCCAGCUCUGCAUCUGGGUCAGGAAGGAGGAAGGCUUCCAUUAGGGAAGAAGUGAUGAGCUGGGGAGCGACCUAAAGGCUGCAGGCGAGUGCUCCGCCGGCCGAGAAGAUGCCCUCCCGCACCAGCUUGGCUGCCUCCGCCCCCAGCAGCAAGGUCAAGUACUCCAAGCUCAGCUGCAAUGACGAUGGGUACAUCGACCUACAGUUCAAGAAGAGCCCCCCCAAGAUCCCCUACAAGGCCAUUGCACUGGCCACCCUCCUCUUCCUGAUCGGGACCCUACUCAUCGUCAUCGGGGGCCUCCUCCUCGCAGGAUACAUCAGCCACGCGGGCACCGACCGCGCCAUCCCGGUCCUGAUCAUCGGGAUCCUGGUUUUCCUGCCUGGCUUCUACCAUUUGCGUAUUGCGUACUUUGCCGCCAAGGGCUACCGGGGCUAUUCCUACGAUGACAUCCCCGACUUCGACGACUAGCAAGGGGAGCCAUUGCGGACCUUCCUUGGAUCCCCAACGAGAUGCAGGAAGGAGAGGCUCGGCCUUGAAAGCAAAGCCUGGACCGUAACGCCAUCCGUUUCUUGGGACGUUUUGGGUUUUCCUUCCAGUUUCCCUUUAUGUCACAAAACCCAGAAUCACGCAAAGCCAAUCUUGGGACAGGUUUCUCCUUUCAGAAGGGAAGUCCACCGAGAUAUAUAUGUGUGUGCGUGUGUGCGUGUAGCCAUGCCUCUCAAACAAAACCCAGAGGAAAGCAAAACUUUGGUUUUGAAAUUAGAGGUUUUUGCUGCUUUUGUUUUGGACGACCCCUGAAAAAGCCACUUUUAUGAGUUGCAAAACAUCACAAUGCCCAACUGCUUGAAAUGCAGGAAAAGUGGAUUCAGAGCACAGCUUGCAACUGUCAUAUUCACUAACAUUUCAAUAAGGCCAAAUGCUGCAAUACUCAGAAAACCGAGUCCUUGUCCGCACUGCAUUAUACGAGCUAAACUGCAUUAUAUAUAUAUCUGAGUCUGCACUGACCAUGUAAUGCAGUUUCAAACAGUACAGGCGGGAGCUAAAUCCCUGGCUUUGAAACACAUAACAUUUUGGUUGUCUUACCUAGAGUAAGCUUGUUGCACAAUUAAUUGGCUCUAGUUCAUACUAAUAAUAGGUUAAAGGAUAUACGCCGAGUCCAGGGAGAGAUGCAGGACAGCCCUGCCCUUGGAAGUAUUGUUUAUAUAGGAUGCUAGUGUUGUUUGCCUGGUUUGGGGAUCACAAAGGACUCCCAGAGAAGGGGAAAGACCUAUAGCAGGCAUGGGCCAACUUGGGCCUUCCCUCCAGGUGUUUUGGACUGCAAUUCCCAUCAUUCCUAACAGCCUCAGGCCCUUUCCUUUUCCCUCUCAGCCGCUUAAGCGGCUGAGAGGGAAAAGGAAGGGGCCUGAGGCUGUUAGGAAUGGUGGGAGUUGCAGUCCAAAACACCUGGAAGGAGGGCCCAAGUUGGCCCAUGCCUGGCCUAUAUUGUCAGUCAGUGACAUGCAAACAUUGUAGGAUUUUGGAUAUAUUUUUAUGCACUUCCCUGCAAAAUAAAACUCCUUCAUGCAUAUAUUUCUAUUUGGGGUGCCGCUCUUCGGGUUUGCAAAAUCUGCCGCUCUCCUUCCGAACGAGCCCAGGAAAGGCCAACCAUAAACAUUUAUAGCGAAGUCUGCUUUUCAAGUUUGCAUUUGAAGCUAUGCAAGGCGGCUGCACUUCUGUCCAUGUGUUCAUUCCAGCUCUUCGUCAGCAUUGAUCUUUUGAUUUCGAUGUAUAUUCACCUUGGAGUAUUCAAGAGGGCAUCCGGGUGCCCAGAGAAAGUAACUUGCAGCUGCAGAAAUAUGCAUUUAGUAUGAAUAAAGCACAUAAUGAUAUUCUUA